AUGGUAAAUCCACUAAUUUUAAUAGUAUUACGGGCAAUAAUACCCCCAAUAGCGGUAAUUCGGAGGUUAACCCACGGAUUUUUAACGCUGAUAACGUUACCCCACCUAGUCUACCUAGUAAAAAUGGGCUAA